UCAUUCUUACAUUUUGUGGAUGUAAAAUUUGUAUUAUUUCUUGUCCUUUACUUUAAUAUAUGACCGUAUUGUUUCCGUGAGAGGUAAUCUUUUUGUCUUAUGUAACACAAACUAACCUUCAAAACCAAUUAUGUAUAGACGAGUGAUAAAAACUAUCAAUAACCUUCAAGCUCCAUCAUUUUUAAAACAUGCAUCUUUACCGAAUAAAAAACACAGUAUAGAUCGAAGAUUUUUGUCCUGUGGUAGUUGUUUACGAACGCCUCGAGUGCCACCCAAACCGCAGACAUCUGCAGCUAUAGCUAGCAAGUACGAAAUAAUAUCAGAAAAAAAUGCCCAAGUUAUAGAACAUACUGCAGAUGAAGUUGUCUCCGAGGAACCGUUUAACAUGAUUAGCGAUGAGUUUGAAGGAAUCAAUAUGGAAAGAGGAAAGAAUGGUGUUUUCGAAAUAGAGGAUCUUGUAGAUUUACUACAAAGAGAAAACUCAAAGGAUAUAUUUGUUGCAACAGUCCCAAAAGAAAUUAAUUUUGUUCAGUACAUUUGUAUUGUCAGCGGUAGAAGUAAGAGACAUCUCCUUGCUUUAGCAGAAUUUGUUCGGAAAGUUUAUAAAAACAAAUGCCACAAGAGUGACCCUAUACCCAGAAUUGAAGGCAAAGAUUCUGAGGAGUGGAUGGCAUUAGAUUUAGGUAAUAUUGCUCUACAUAUUUUUUCAGAGAAGACUCGUCAAAUAUAUGACUUGGAAACACUUUGGGCUGUUGGGUAUGAAUUUGACAAGCAGAUAAAUAAGACAAGUGAAGUAGUAGAUAUGCUCGAAAACUACAGCACAUACCUAAAAGACUUGAAGCCUUUAGCAUAAUUAGAUAAUGGACCCAAAAAUUCGAAGUAUUUCUGACUGCUGUGAACAUUCUAAUAGUCCAUAAUUAUAUUGAAAUAUAGGAAAAAUGUAUAAAUAAAAUUUGCUAGAAAAGUCUCAUAUAAAAUGUUUACUUU